GUUAAGUAAUCUUUACUUUUUUAAGCUGUAUUUUGUGUACAUGUGCUGUAAUGUUUUAAGCGAGCACGGAGCAAGUUGAUAAGUUUGUUUGGAUUCACUUAUCAAAAACACAGGAAGUUUUGCAUUUGUUUAUUGUGAUCUGACAGAGAGCAGAUCAGUAGUAAAUCACUCGAAACUUAACUGUUGUUGAGCUGUUUUCUGUGUCUCUUUGUCCAUGCAGUAAAAUGUCAGAAACCAGUUUUUUAGUGUCUGAGGAUCAGUUCAGCUGUUCAAUCUGUUUGGAUUUACUGACGGAUCCAGUGACCAUUCCCUGUGGACACAGUUACUGUAUGAGCUGUAUUACAAACUGCUGGAAUCAAGAUGAUCAGAAGAGAAACUACAGCUGCCCUCAGUGCAGACAGACCUUCAAUACAAGACCUGAUUUAAAUAAAAAUGUGGUGUUUGCUCAGAUGGUGGAGAAGCUGAAGACCACAGAAAUGUGUGGUAGACCUGGAGAUGUAGAGUGUGAUGUUUGCAUUGGGAGGAAACGCAAAGCUGUCAAGUCCUGUCUGGUGUGUCUUGAAUCUUACUGUCAUACUCAUUUUGAGUGUCAUGAGGUUUCUCGUUCCAGUAAGCGCCAUAAAGUAACCGAUGUGACAGGAAGACUUCAGGAGAUGAUCUGCUCUCAACAUGACAGACUGAUGGAGGUUUACUGUCGCACUGAUCAGAGAUGUAUUUGUUUAAUGUGUGUGAUGGAAGAACACAAAGCCCAUGAAACUGUAUCAGCUGCAGCAGAGAGAACUGAGAAACAGAGAUUACUGGAGGACAAGCAGAGAAAACUCCAUCAGAGAAUCCAGGAGAAAGAGAAGAAGCUUCAGGAUCUAAGAGAGGCUGUGAAGAUUCACACGAUCUCUGCACAGACAGCAGUGGACGACACUGAGAGGAUCUUUACUCAACUGAUCCGAUCCAUUGAGAGAAGACGAUCUGAGGUGAUACAACUGAUCAGAGAUCAGGAAAAGACUGCAGUGAGUCGAGCUGAAGAUCUCUUGAAGAAACUGAAGCAGGAGAUUGAUGAUCUGAGGAGGAGAAACGAGGAGAUGGAGAAACUUUCACAAACAAAAGAUCACAUCAGUUUCCUUCAGAGUUUUCCGUCUCUCUCUGUACCACCUGAGUCUGCAGAUGGCAUGACUACGAGUUUGCUUCUCUCUUUUGAUGACGUGGGAAAAUCUGUCUCUGAGCUAAGAGGAAAAUUUGAGGAUUUCUUCAAAGAGGAGAUAGGGAAUUGCAUCAGAAUCAUUCCCUGUUCUGAACCAAGCACCAGAGAUGAGAUCUUACAGUAUUUCCAUCCUUUCACUCUGGAUUCAAACUCAGUGCAUAAACGUCUUCAACUUUCUGAGGAGAACAGUGUUGUUACCUGCCCUGACACAAUCCAGCAAUAUCCUGAUCAUCCCGACAGAUUCGACUGUUGGCCUCAGGUGUUGUGUAGAGAGAGUUUAUGUGGACGAUGUUACUGGGAGAUUGAGUGGAGUGGGGAUGCAGGGGUGGGUUUGGCGAUGUCAUAUAAGAGCAUCAGCAGGAAGGGAAGAGGUCUCGAGUGUAAAUUUGGAUAUAAUGAUCAGUCCUGGAGAUUGUUCUGUACUCCAACUGUAUAUAUAUUCAGUCAUAAUAACAAAAACACAAAUCUCCCAGUAGUCUCCAGUUCUUCUAGAAUAGGAGUUUAUGUGGAUCACAGUUCAGGAUCUCUGUCCUUCUACAGUGUCUCUGACACAAUGACCCUCAUCCACAGAGUCAACACCACAUUCACUAAACCUCUCUAUCCUGGGUUUGGGAUAAAUAAAGGUUCAUCAGUGAAACUCUGUGAUCUAACAACAUAGAUAAGGCAGAGACGUGCAUAGAAGGUUUGUUGUAGUGGAUAAAAGCUUCUACAGAAAUACAUUCAUUUCACACAGGCAUUAGAGAAAAGUCCUUGUAUUUUUUUGAAAAUGUUAUGUAAACUUGAUGAUAAAGUGAGAGAUCUUUUAGUGUUUAUUAGGAUUUGGCUCAAUGUUACCAUUGUGCUGAAGAGUAGAGCGUGUGUUUAAGUCAAGGAAUGGGCAGUAAAUUACUGAUGUGAUGCUGUCUGUUGUUUUGUGUCAAAGCAGUAACUCUGUAGUUUGCUCAGGAUGAACUACAUGAGAUUUGUGGGAAAGUGAUUAUAACCCUAUUGCACAUAAAAUGUUUGCAGUUUUAUUUUAGAACUCACAUUUGUUUUCAGUGGACUCAAAUGAGUUAAGUUUACAGUAAUAAUAACCAUAUAAAUAUUUUUUAACUUGAAUGGAUCUGGCAAUUGGUUUUCUAAAUGAAAUGAGUUUCUUCCAGAGCAGUAUUACAGUAAUUUAGUGUUAAAUAGGGGAUCGAAUGUAGAACUGUAAAUUAACAGUACAUUGCUGGCAACCCAGCUGCCAGUAGCUUACUGUUAUUUUACAGCACAAUUUUUUAUGUAUUUGUUUUGUAUACCAACCCAAAUUAAGUAGUAAUGAGUACUGC